UAAAGUGCUCAAGAUGAGUGGAAGAGGAGAUGGGGGGCAGCAGCAGCUGCUGCUCUCAAAGUUUUUGGCUGGGUUUGUCUGCCACAUUGAAAAGAAUGAAGUUGAGACAAAUGCUGACACUUUUUGUUUAUAUGGGAAUCAGCGUGGGAGAAAUUGUAACGAGAAACCAACAAAUGUCAGGAAAAGAAAAUUCAUUAACAGAGAUCUGGCUCAUGAUUCAGAAGAACUCUUUCAAGAUCUAAGUCAAUUACAGGAAACAUGGCUUGCAGAAGCUCAGGUACCUGACAAUGAUGAGCAGUUUGUGCCAGACUAUCAGGCUGAAAGUUUGGCUUUUCAUGGCCUCCCACUGAAAAUCAAGAAAGAACCCCACAGUCCAUGUUCAGAACUUGGCUCUGCCUGCAGUCAAGAACAGCCCUUUAAAUUCAGCUAUGGAGAAAAGUGCCUGUACAAUGUCAGUGCCUAUGAUCAGAAGCCACAAGUGGGAAUGAGGCCCUCCAACCCCCCAACACCAUCCAGCACCCCAGUGUCCCCCCUGCACCAUGCGUCUCCCAACUCAGCUCACACUUCGAAACCUGACCGCGCCUUCCCAGCUCACCUCCCUCCGUCGCAGCCCAUUCAAGACAGUAGCUACCCCAUGGACCACAGAUUUCGCCGCCAACUUUCUGAACCCUGUAAUUCCUUUCCUCCUUUGCCGACAAUGCCAAGGGAAGGACGUCCCAUGUACCAACGGCAGAUGUCUGAGCCAAACAUUCCCUUCCCACCUCAAGGCUUUAAGCAGGAGUACCACGACCCAGUGUAUGAACACAACACCAUGGUUGGUGGUGCGGCCAGCCAAAGCUUCCCCCCUCCUCUGAUGAUCAAACAGGAGCCCAGAGAUUUUGCAUAUGAUUCAGGAGAUAUAAAGCAAGAGCCAGGAAUGUAUCGGGAAGGACCCACGUACCAGCGGCGGGGAUCACUUCAGCUCUGGCAGUUUUUGGUAGCACUUCUGGACGACCCUUCCAAUUCCCAUUUCAUUGCCUGGACUGGGAGAGGCAUGGAAUUUAAAUUGAUUGAGCCUGAAGAGGUGGCCCGGCGUUGGGGCAUUCAGAAAAACAGGCCAGCCAUGAACUAUGAUAAACUUAGCCGUUCACUCCGCUAUUAUUAUGAGAAAGGAAUCAUGCAAAAGGUGGCUGGAGAGAGAUACGUCUACAAGUUUGUAUGUGAUCCAGAAGCCCUCUUCUCCAUGGCCUUUCCAGAUAAUCAGCGCCCACUGCUGAAGACAGACAUGGAGCGUCAUAUCAACGAAGAGGACACGGUGCCUCUGUCCCACUUUGACGAGAGCAUGGCCUAUAUGCCAGAAGGGGGCUGCUGCAACCCUCACCCCUAUAACGAAGGCUACGUGUAUUAACACAAGUGACAGUCAAGGGCCUCCUCGCGCCUCUCCUCUUUUGCGAGAUGCAGAGAAUCUCUGAAUUCUCUUCAAUCUUUGUCUGAUUUUUGUUGUUUGUAUUUUAUUUUUAAAUAAUAAUACACAAAAAGGGGCUUUUCCUGUUGCAUUAUUCUAUGGUCUGCCAUGGACUGUGCACUUUAUUUGAGGGUGGGUGGGAGUAAUCUAAACAUUUAUUCUGUGUAACAGGAAGGUAAUGGGUGAAUGGGAGGGGGGGAUUGGGGGAUUACUUUUUACUUAGGCUUGGGAUGGGGUCCUACAGGUUUUAAGUAUGAUGAAGCUCUAUCAUGUUGAUUUGAUUUCAUAACAACCUAGAAAAUGUUCAUGUCCUCUGGGUGUCUAUAGUACCCAGUUAAUUCACAUUGUGUAAAUAUCCACUUGGAGACUAUUUGCCUUGGGCAUUUUCCCCUAUCAUUUCUGAGUCUCUGCAAGGUGUACAAAAAAAAAACUACUGUAAAAGGCAGUUUAAUUGUUAGAAAUGACUGUUUUUGCACCUCUUGUAAAAAGGUAUCUAGAGAUUGCAUUUGCUGCUUUUUGUUUCGUUUUGCUUUAUAUAUGACUCUUAGAGGAUAACCAUAAAAUGGGUAAUUCUCUCUGAAGUUGAGUAAUCACCAUGACUGUAAAUGAGGGGCACAAUUUUGGACUCUGGCUCCAAACUGAGUCACAGGCCAGUAGCAGUAUACGUAUCCGGUGCCACCUUGCUCUUUAGAUACAAAUCAUACUGUUGUUAAAGUAUUUUGAAGCUCAUUUCAGUUAAAUAAUGAUAUUUUUCAUGGUCCUUUGAGAUCUUCAUUUAAAUGGUAAAUCUGGGAUCACAAUGAAGCAAAAAAUAUCUGUCUCCUUUCGCUUCCUUCAGUACAUAAAAACAUUAUUUAAUCAAUAAGAAUUAACUGUACUAAAUCACAUAAUAUGCUGUUCUAGAUACAGCAAGCACUCCUUAAGAAAAAUAUCCAAUACACUAAAUAGGUACUAUAGUAAUUUUUAGACAUGGUACCCAUUGAUAUGCAUUUAAACCUUUUACUGCUGUGUUAUGUUGAAACAUAUAUAAAUAUUAGAUAAUGCUAAUGCUUCUGCUGCUGUCUUUUCUGUAAUAUUCUCUUUCAUGCUGAAUUUACUAUGACCAUUUAUAAGCAAUGCAGUUAACUACAGAUAGCAUUUCAGGACAAAAUAGAUGACUCGAACCAUUUAUUGCUUAAAAAAUAGCUUAUGCCAUGCUAUGCUAUAAGCAGCUUUUAUGCACAUUGACAAAAUGAAGAGUAAGCUUCAGCUUGCUAAGGGAAACUGUGGAAAAUUUUGUAACUUUUGGUGAAACGGAAAAUUAUUUACAAACUGUCAAAGAAUAUGAGGAAGUUGCUGUAUGACAUAGUGCUGGCGCUGGUACUAUCCAUCAUCUUGUUUUGGACACUCGUGUAAAUGUGAUUGGAUUGUUUGAAAGAAGAUUUAAAGAUUUAAAGUUUCAAAGGUUUUUGUUUUGUUUUGCAUUUGGAGAAAAUACUGAAAGCAGGGUAUAACAAAACCAUAAGUAAAUGGUGUUACAGUAUCUCUGAAGAGCUUGCUAAAAUGAUUCAAGCAAGAAACACGAAUUUUGUUCACUCCAUCAAUAUCCCAGAGGAACAAAAAUUUUUAAAGAGUCAGUAGCAAAAUUUUAAAAAAGUCCUAAACACAAAGCCAAAAUCGACUUAUAAAAGCUUUUCAUGAUGAACACGGGAAAAAUUGUUGAAAGAUGAUCUCCUGGCUACCCAUUUUCCAACAUGACAUGGAUCACAACUCAUGUCUUUAAAUUGAACAGUUAUUGGGAAACCCACAUACCAUAAUCAAUACUACUCACAUUUAAUCCUACAAAAAAAAUUCUAAUUUCAACACAUCUAUGUAACCUGUGAUUUCAAGGCUUGUUCUACAUUUACAUUAUAUAGCAUUAGGCCCAUUAUGGGCUAAUAAAUAUGCCUUAAAAAUCAGAACUUUUGCCCCCCACUUUGCUCAUGUGGCCAUUUACAGCAUGUAGAAUAAAAACAGAUUUUAAAAUAUUCAGCUAAAGUUUUACUGGAAAGAGAAUUGACACAUUUGGAGAAAUUGAAGGAGAAAUUGAAAGUGGGUCCUUAAAAUAUGAUCUAAGUGAAAAUUAUAUUGAGUAUUCUUUUUUUUCUCUUUUUCUUUUAUUCUUUUAAAACUUCUAGUUUGACAGUGAGAAAAUUGGGCUAUGAGUUAUUUUAAGGAAUCAAGGAAGAAUUGGUAUUGAUUAUAUAAUAUUUAAGGACAAAUGAUAUAUUUUGCUGUUUACGGUACUAACUCACUGAAUGAAGUAAGUAAUUGGCCAACAUUAAGUAUAUUUCUCAUACAGAAGGGUUCAAGACAUUACAUUAUAAACUCUUGGGAAAUGUAUCUAAUUUUUUUUUUUUUUGGUUCUGUUCUUAUUCUACUUUUUGUUUGGUUGUAUUUUUAUUUUCAGAUAGAUUAAUAAAUCUGGCAGCUGAUUUCUGCAAGAUUCUUGUGUUUUGAAUUUCUAAUUGAAUUGGCUAUUCAAACAUAGAAAUCAACAACAUAACAUUUUCCUUCAACUUGGUAAAGGAAAAUAAAAGAAUUAUCUCCCCUCAUGUUUGCUGCCUUUUGAUGUUAAUACCCAACAGACUAAUUACAACAAAGAAUGUCACCUCUGCAAUAACUAAUGAAAGAUGAUUUUCUUUAAGUUAUGCCUAUAAAAAUGCUUAAAAAUAAAAAUUCACACAGCUGACAGUGCAGAGCAGUUUUCUCGAAUUAUAGAAAGUUCUUGGGGGUCACUUAAUUGAAACUCCUUUUUAUAGAUUUUUAUCAGUUUCCUGUAGAUUUUAUAACAAAUUACCACAAGUUUAAUAACUUAAAGCAGCACAAAUUUAUCCUCUUUUAGUUCUAGAGAUCAGAAGUCCAAAAUGAGUCUAAAGGGGAUAAAAUCAAGGUGUCUGUAGGGCUGGUUCCUUCUGGAGGAAGCCCAUCCUUACUUCUACUUUUAGAAGCCGUUGUCAUUUCUGGCUCCUGGCUCCUGGCUUCCUUACUCCAAUCUCUGCUUCUGUGGUCACAUCUCUUUUUCCUCUACUGUAGUCAAAUCUUCCUCGGCCUAUCUCUUACAAGGAUAUCUGUGAUUACAUUUAGGGUCUACCCAGAUAACGCAGGAUAAUCUCCCCAUCUCAAGAUCUUUAACUUAAUCACAUCUUUGACGUCCCUUUUGCCCGGUAAGUUAUCAUUCACAGGGAUCAGGACACACAGGUAAGGGGUUAUGGAGGAAAAGGGGUGGCUCUUAUUCAGCUUACCACACAGAUGAAGACACUGUGUAUUAAAAAUACUGAUUGACUUACCUGUGGACAAAAAUGUUCUUAUUGAUGGAUCUAGGGUGAGAAAUUACUGAAGAACAUUUUUGUUUACCAUUGAGAUGGUCUCACUCUACUCUGCAUAAAAGGUAAUGAAAGCAUUCUAUGUUAAAGUUCACCUACUCCAUUAAAGCAUCUGAUAAUCA